AUGGAUGGGGUGGAGACUGGAGAAAAUGAAAAGCAGUGUGUUGAGGCAGGGAAGAAUCAUAUGCAUAAUCAAGAGGAUCUUGCUCUUGAGGAUGAUCCAUCUAAACCAGUCUGGUUCUUGACUUUAUGGGCAGACUUUCUUCUAAUGCUUCUUCUUCAAGUACUUCUAUAUCAAAGGGAUUCUCCUUACAUCAGUUUAAUUCAAGAAGCCGGGCUAGAUGAUAUGAGUUAUACUGGGAAAUCUUUUACUUGGUCUUCUAAUGUUCAUGGUACUGGAGUUCAACGUUCAAGACUUGAUAGAGCCCUCACCAAUGCAGAAAAACGUAACUGGAAAUAUUUACAAUGUUACGAAAGGAAUGAAUCUUUAAAAUCUGAAGUUGAAGCAGCUUGGAAUCAUCAGAUAAAUGGUUCUCAUGCAUUCAGAGUGUCCAAGAGAUUGGUCAUAACUAGAAAGUACGUCUCAAAGUGGAACAAGGAGAAUUUUGGGAAUAUUCAAAGAAUUAUCUUCCUACUGCAUCAGCAAAUUGAAGCCAUUCAACAAGAUAGUAAAGAUAAUGAUGCAACAUCUCAAGUGCAGCAGCCGAAGAACCAAAUCGAGCAUUGGAACCAAAUACAAAACGAAUUUUGGGGGAAAAAAGCUAGAGAUGAAUAUUACCUGGAGAUGGAUAGAAAUACGAAGCAUCAUUAUGCAAAUGCCAAUAAAACAAGGUCAAAAAACAAUAUUACAGCGUUAAAAGAUGAAAAUGGAGAUUGGUGUACAACUAGAAUGGAAUUGGAGAGAUUGCUCACUCGUUACUAG